AUGCAGUUCUCUUGGAUGUCUAUCUCUUGGUUUCUGCAGAUUCCAAUUCUUGCAUGCUCUUACAGAAGCAGUGAAUGUUUAGUAAGGAUGAACUACCGUUUACAUGCAAAUGGAAAUGUGGUGAUUGUUGGAUUUUUCCCUGCUUAUGCUGCCUAUCCACUCAACAAAACAACUGAUUGGAGGAUGACUAAAUUUACCAAUGAGCUUAUGAUCGAGUUUAAGUUGAGGAACUACCAAUGUAUUUUGGCCAUGAGGUUUGCCAUUGAGGAGAUCAACAGCAACCCCUAUCUUUUACCCAACACAUCACUAGGAUUUGAGAUCCACAAUGUCCCACAUGGUCAAAGGAACAUUCUAGCCUAUCUUUUUGGUUCACUGUCAGGGCCUGAUCAUGCCAUUCCUAACUACAGAGUUGCAGGAGAGAGCAAUUCAGCUGCUGUACUUACAGGACCAUCAUGGGCAAUAUCUGAAAAUGUAGGGACACUGCUGGAUCUUUACAAAUUUCCACAGCUAACUUUCGGGCCUUUUGAUAAUCUUCUGAGUGAACAAAGACGGUUUUCUUCUCUGUACCAGGUGGCCCCCAAAGACACAUCUCUGACAUCUGGCAUUGUAUCUUUGAUGCUUCAUUUCAAGUGGAUCUGGGUGGGGUUAUUAAUCAUAGAUGAUGACAAAGGUGCCCAAACUCUGUCAGAUUUAAGAAGUGAGAUGGAUAAAAAUGGAGUCUGCAUAGCAUUUGUGGAAAUGAUCCAAGUCAGCAGGGGAUCAUAUUUCACCAAAUCCUGGAAACAUCAGAUGCAGAUCCUGGAAUCAUCAUCAAAUGUGAUUAUUAUUUAUGGAGACUCUGAUUCUCUAUUAAGCUUAAUAGUAAAUAUAAGGCAGAAGUUGCUUAUGUGGAAAGUCUGGGUUCUGAACUCACACUGGGAUAAUUCCAAAUUUGAUGAUUAUUUCAUGAUAGAUUCAUUACAUGGAGCUCUUAUUUUUUCACACCACAAUGAAGAAAUUACUAAUUUUACAGAUUUUAUUCAGACAGUCAAUCCAUUCAAAUACCCAGAAGAUACUUAUCUUCAUGUAUUGUGGCACUCGUUCUUCAAUUGCUCAUUUUUUAGGAAAGAUUGUAAAAUUGCACAAAACUGUUUGCCUAACACCUCCUUGGGAUUCUUGCCUGGGAACAUGUUUGACAUGGCCAUGAGUGAAGAGAGUUAUAAUGUAUACAAUGCUGUGUAUGUUGUGGCCCACAGUCUGCAUGAGAUGAUUCUCAAUCAAUUUCAAACUCACGGAAAAGGAAAUGAGAUGACAUUCUUCCCCUGGCAGCUUCACCCUUUUCUAAAGAACAAACAACUCAUCAAUCAUGCUGGAGACAAUGUGGUUCUGGAUUGGAAAAGGAAAUCACAUGUACAGUAUAACAUUUUCAACUUUUGGAAUUUCCCAAAAGGGCUUGGGCUGAAGGUGAAAGUAGGAACAUUUUCUCCAAAUGUUCCAGAGGGCCAGACUUUGUCUGUAACUGAUGACAUGAUACAAUGGGUCACUGGAUCCACAGAGAUUCCACAGUCUGUAUGCAGUGAGAGCUGUCAACCCGGAUUUAGGAAAACCCACCAGGAGGGAAAGGCUGCCUGUUGCUUUGACUGCACUCCUUGUUCAGAGAAUGAGAUUUCCAAUGAGACAGAUAUGGAUCGGUGUGUAAAGUGUCCAGAAACUCACUAUGCAAACACAGACAAGAUCCACUGCCUACAGAAAACUGUGACAUUUCUGGCCUAUAAUGACCCCAUGGGGAAGACACUUUGCUUCAUGUCCCUAGGAUUCUUCUCACUCACAGCUGUUGUUCUUGGAGUGUUUCUGAAGAACAGAGACACCCCCAUUGUCAAGGCCAAUAACUUGGUUCUCAGUUACACCCUGCUCAUCACUCUGACCCUCUGUUUCCUCUGUCCCUUGCUCUUCAUUGGCUGUCCUAGCACAGCCACUUGUGUCCUGCAGCAAAACAUUUUUGGACUUCUCUUCACCGUGGCUCUUUCCACUGUGUUGGCCAAAACUAUUACUGUAGUUAUAGCCUUCAAGAUCACGUCUCCAGGAAGGAAGAGAUGGUUACUGAUAUUAAGAGCCCCUAAUUACAUUAUUCCCAUCUGUACCCUGAUCGAAGUUGUGCUUUCUGGAAUUUGGCUGACAACAUCUCCUCCAUUUAUUGAUAAAGAUGCUCACUCAGAACAUGGACACAUCAUCAUCAUUUGCAACAAAGGCUCAGCUAUUGCUUUCCAUUGCACCCUGGGAUACUUGGGAGCACUGGCCCUAGGGAGCUACUUUAUGGCUUUCUUGUCCAGAAAUCUACCUGACACAUUCAAUGAAGCCAAGUUCCUGGCUUUCAGCAUGCUGGUGUUCUGCAGUGUCUGGCUCACCUUCCUCCCUGUCUACCACAGCACCAAGGGGAAGAUCAUGGUGGCUAUGGAAGUCUUCUCUAUCUUGGCUUCCAGUGCAUCACUCUUAGGCAUCAUCUUUGUCCCCAAGUGUUACAUCAUAUUAUUAAGGCCAGAAAAGAACUCACUUCGUUAUAUCAGGGACAAAACAUAUACUAGGAGAAAAAAACCUUCUUAA